UGAAUAUUUUUUCGAAUAUUUACGCGCGGCUAUUUUUUUUUCGUUUUACAAAAACUAUUUUCACCCAAAUAGUCCCCAAAUUUUUUUUUUGUAUUCGUAAACAAUUUGAGCGAUUUGUUGUUUUUGGGUUUUUUUGGUUUGAGCCAAUUCAAUCCAUCAAUAUUGAGCUAUUUUGGAACAAAAAAAAUUUUUUUCAGCCAAUUUUUUUGGAUUGUUUUCCAUGGUUGUUUUCUGGUUGUUCGAAACCGAAAAAAAAUGAACAGUAUCAAUGAAAAUAAUAUGAACGAAAUUUAUAUUGUUGAAUCACAACGUGGUGGUCAACAUUUACUUACAAAUGGUUAUCAUUAUCGUUAUGAUCGUAAAUUAAGUGAUGGUAUUACACAAUCAUUUCGUUGUACGGAAAAAUUUUGUCGUGGUCGUAUGUUUAAAAAUGGUGAUGAUCUUAAAAUGAAACAUGAACAUGAUCAUGGUCCGGAUUUGAUUGAAAUGCAUGUACAACGUGCAAUGAUUGCCAUGAAAGAACGUGCACGUACAACCAAUGAACCGGUUGAACAAAUUAUCGAAACACAUCGUUCAACAUUACCAACAGAAAUUAAUGAACGUUUACCGAAAGAUAGUCAAUUGAUUCGUACGCUUGAUCGUUUACGAUCUUAUUCGGGUGAUAGAUCGAAAAAUAGUGGUGAUCAUAAUGGUAAUCAUGGUGAUUCUGGUGAACAACAACAACAACAACAUGAAACAAUCGAAAAUACUCAACAAUAUAUAACCGAUAUUGUUAGUAUGCCUGAUACUGUAAAUUUUAUUUGUAUCGAUACUAAUCAACAACCACAUCAACAAACAUAUACGGAUUUAAAUCAACAACAACAACAACAAUCAUUACCACCAAUUGAACAACAUUUUGUUUGUGAAUUUUCUGAAAGUCAAGAUAAUUCGAAUGAUGAUAAUAAAAUGACUGAAAAGAAAAGAAGAAAAUUGGAAUUACAGAAAAUAAUUGAAAUGAAUCGUAAAGCAAAACUUGAUAAUAGAUCCAGAAGAUUUUCAGCAAGAAUGAAGGCAAAAAAUUCAACAAAUUAUAAUGAACAACAACGAGAAGAUUUAAUGGGAAAUUCAUCAUCUUCGUCGAUAAUAGCUGAAACUCAGAUGAAAAAAGAAUCAAGAAUCAAUUUUAGCAAUAUUAUUACAGCGCAACAAAAAUCGCUACCAACAAUAACAGCGACAAAUAUUCAACCAAUUCAACAACAAUCAAUUAUUGGUAAUGGAAAAGAAGUAACCGAUAAAGAAGCAUGGGAACUUGUUUCACGGUUAAUGAUUUAUUUUAAUCAAGAUAAUUAUGAAGAUAGUCCAAUUGAAUCAUUGGAUGAAUGUUUACGUUAUGUACAAAAACGUAUGCGUUUAAAACGUUUACAACAACAACAACAGCAACAAACAUCAUGAUUUUUGAAUUUUGGACAAUGUUUUUUGAUGAAUUAAAAACCGAUAUUUUAUUUAUUUAACCAACAACGA